CUUUCAGGGCGGGGUGCGGCAGGGGAUGUGCUGGCCCAGGCCGGGCGGAGUCUCUCUGACAGGGCGGGGGAUGCGCGGCGGCCGCUCGCCCAGACCCUGAAGCCGCUGGGCCCACCCUCCCGGAACCGUCCGACUGUUGCUGGCCUCCGCCUCUGCUGUUUCCCCCGGCCUCACCCUGGGGCCGAGGGUGGGAGGCAGCUUCCGCCACAGAGGAGGGGGCUGUGUUGGCCACCGCGGCGAAAACCGAGUUCUUUUGCCACGAAAAUGGUUUGCACAACCUUGAACACGUACUAUUCAUGCUGAUGGGACAGGAUUCAAUAUGAAUAUAAAUGAUGGAGGAAGACGACGCUUUGAGGAUAAUGAACAUACAUUACACAUAUAUCCUGGGACAAUUUCAGAAGGGACAAUCUAUUGUCCAGUUCCUGCCAGAAAAAACUCCACAGCUGCUGAGGUGAUUGACUCUCUUAUAAACAGACUUCAUCUUGACAAAACAAAAUGUUAUGUUCUAGCAGAGGUAAAGGAAUUUGGUGGAGAAGAAUGGAUACUCAAUCCAACAGACUGUCCAGUUCAACGAAUGAUGUUGUGGCCCAGAAUGGCUCUGGAAAAUCGCCUAUGUGGAGAGGACUACCGCUUUCUUCUAAGAGAAAAAAAUCUUGAUGGAUCAAUCCAUUAUGGUAGUCUUCAGUCAUGGCUACGGGUAACAGAAGAACGUCGCAGGAUGAUGGAACGGGGUUUUCUUCCACAGCCUCAGCAGAAAGACUUUGAUGAUUUAUGUAGCUUACCUGAUUUGAAUGAGAAAACUCUCUUAGAAAAUCUACGAAAUCGCUUUAAGCAUGAAAAAAUUUAUACCUAUGUUGGCAGUAUUCUAAUAGUUAUUAACCCAUUCAAGUUUCUUCCUAUUUAUAACCCCAAAUAUGUCAAAAUGUAUGAUAAUCACCAAUUGGGAAAACUUGAGCCCCACAUUUAUGCUGUAGCUGAUGUAGCUUAUCAUACCAUGCUUCAGCGCAAAAAGAAUCAGUGCAUUGUGAUUUCUGGAGAGAGUGGUUCUGGGAAGACUCAAAGCACAAACUUUCUUAUUCACCACCUUACUGCUCUCAGUCAGAAGGGAUUUGCCAGUGGAGUAGAACAAAUUAUUCUUGGAGCUGGACCAGUACUUGAGGCCUUUGGAAAUGCAAAGACAGCUCAUAAUAACAAUUCAAGUCGUUUUGGCAAGUUUAUUCAAGUAAAUUACCAAGAAACAGGCACUGUACUUGGUGCCUACGUUGAAAAAUACCUAUUGGAGAAGUCCAGACUCGUUUAUCAAGAGCAUAAUGAACGGAACUAUCAUGUAUUCUAUUACCUCCUGGCAGGAGCAAGUGAAGAAGAGAGAUUAGCAUUCCAUCUUAAGCAACCAGACGAAUAUCAUUACCUUAAUCAGAUAACAAAGAAACCCCUCAGACAGAGCUGGGAUGAUUAUUGCUAUGACUCUGAGCCGGAUUGCUUCACAGUGGAUGGGGAAGAUUUGAAGCAUGACUUUGAACGCUUACAACUGGCCAUGGAAAUGGUAGGAUUUCUUCCCAGGACACGAAGACAGAUUUUCUCUCUUCUCUCAGCAAUACUACAUUUGGGUAAUAUCUGUUAUAAAAAGAAGACAUACCGGGAUGACUCCAUAGAUAUCUGUAAUCCUGAAAUUCUGCCUGUUGUCUCAGAAUUAUUAGAAGUUAAAGAAGAGAUGCUCUUUGAAGCAUUAGUUACGAGGAAGACUGUGACAGUGGGAGAAAAGCUUAUUUUACCAUACAGACUGGCAGAGGCUGUGACAGUGAGGAACUCCAUGGCUAAGUCUUUAUAUAGUGCCCUGUUUGACUGGAUAGUUUUUCGAAUUAAUCAUGCACUUCUGAAUAGUAAAGACUUGGAGCAAAAUACCAAGACUUUGUCCAUUGGUGUUCUUGAUAUUUUUGGGUUUGAAGAUUAUGAAAAUAACAGCUUUGAACAGUUCUGUAUUAAUUUUGCUAAUGAACGUUUACAGCACUACUUUAAUCAGCAUAUCUUUAAAUUGGAGCAAGAGGAAUAUAGAGCUGAAGGUAUCAGCUGGCACAAUAUAGAUUAUAUUGAUAAUACCUGUUGCAUAAAUCUUAUUAGCAAGAAACCAACAGGACUGCUCCAUCUUUUAGAUGAAGAAAGCAACUUUCCACAGGCUACAAAUCAAACAUUGCUAGACAAAUUUAAGCAUCAACAUGAAGAGAAUUCUUACAUUGAAUUUCCAGCUGUGAUGGAGCCUGCUUUCACCAUAAAGCAUUAUGCCGGGAAAGUAAAAUAUGGGGUAAAGGAUUUCCGGGAAAAAAAUACAGAUCAUAUGCGCCCUGACAUUGUAGCUCUUCUGAGAAGUAGCAAAAAUGCAUUUAUCUCUGGGAUGAUUGGAAUUGAUCCUGUAGCUGUUUUCCGAUGGGCAGUUCUCCGAGCUUUUUUCAGAGCCAUGGUUGCUUUCAGGGAAGCUGGGAAGAGACACAUUCAGAGAAAAACUGGACAUGAUGAUACAGCGCCAUGUGCAAUUUUGAAAAGUAUGGAUAGUGUUAGCUUUCUUCAACACCCAGUCCACCAGAGGAGCUUAGAGAUUCUGCAGAGGUGCAAGGAAGAGAAGUACAGUAUAACCCGGAAAAAUCCCAGAACACCUCUUUCUGAUCUCCAGGGCAUGAAUACAUUAAAUGAAAAAAACCAACAUGAUACAUUUGAUAUUGCCUGGAAUGGUAGAACUGGGAUUCGCCAGAGCAGACUGUCAAGUAACACCUCCUUGCUUGACAGAGAUGGGAUAUUCGCUAAUUCAGCUAGCAGCAAACUCUUGGAAAGAGCCCAUGGAAUUCUCACGAGAAACAGAAACUUCAAAUUCAAGCCUGGCCUUCCAAAGCACUUGCUAGAGGUAAAUUCUUUAAAGCACUUGACAAGACUGACUCUGCAGGACCGUAUUACCAAGUCCCUUCUUCAUUUGCACAAAAAGAAGAAACCUCCCAGCAUCAGCGCUCAGUUUCAGGCCUCAUUAAACAAGCUGAUGGAGACACUUGGUCAAGCAGAACCAUAUUUUGUAAAAUGCAUUCGCUCUAAUGCAGAAAAGCUGCCAUUAAGGUUCAGUGAUUCCUUGGUACUUAGGCAGCUUCGGUAUACUGGGAUGCUGGAGACAGUUCGAAUUCGCCAAUCAGGAUACAGCUGCAAAUACUCUUUCCAGGAUUUUGUGAGCCACUUCCAUGUACUUCUUCCUCGAAAUAUUAUUCCAUCAAAAUUUUACAUUCAGGAUUUCUUCAGGAAAAUAAAUAUUAAUCCAAAUAAUUAUCAAGUUGGAAAAUCCAUGGUGUUCCUAAAGGAACAGGAACGACAGCACCUGCAAGACCUGCUUCACCAAGAGGUGCUCCGCAGAAUCAUAUUGUUGCAACGAUGGUUUAGAGUCUUGCUGUGCAGGCAGCAUUUUCUCCAUCUUAGACAGGCAUCGGUUAUCAUUCAGCGAUUCUGGAGGAAUUACCUAAACCAGAAGCAAGUCAGAGAUGCAGCUGUGCAGAAAGAUGCUCUAGUUAUGGCUAGUGCAGUUACUCUUCUCCAAGCUUCGUGGCGUGCUCAUUUGGAAAGGCAGCGGUAUUUGGAGCUCCGGACUGCAGCCAUCAUCAUCCAACAGAGAUGGCGAGAGCACUAUAGGCGGAGGCACAUGGCUGCUGUUUGUAUACAGGCAAGAUGGAAAGGCUACAGGGAAAGUAAGAGGUAUCACGAACAAAGGAACAAAAUUAUCCUUUUGCAGUCAAUAUGUAGAGGAUUCAGAGCAAGACAAAGAUUUAAAGCUUUAAAAGAACAAAAACUAGAACUUGGAUUGAUGAAUUUUGAGCCAUAUGGAGCUCUGAAAGUUCAGGGUUCAGACCCUUCAGAAUGGGAGGAUUGUUACUUUGACAGCAGAGUAAAAGCCAUAGAGGAAUGUAAAUCUGUGAUUGAGAGUAGUCGAAUUAGUUCAGUGGAAUGCCUGAAGGAGUCCCCAAACAAGCGACAGGAGAGAGCCAGAAGCCAGAGUGGUGUGGACUUGCAGGAAGAUGUGAUUGUAAGAGAGAGACCCAAGUCCUUGGAGGAUCUCCACCAGAAAAAAGUAGGUCGGGCCAAAAGAGAAAGUCGGAGAAUGAGAGAACUAGAACAAGCUAUAUUUAGCUUAGAAUUGCUGAAAGUUCGUUCUCUUGGUGGUGUGUCUCCUUCAGAAGAACGCAGAUGGUCUACAGAACUGAUGCCUGAGGGCCUUCAGUCUUUACAGGGUACACCUGAUAGUGGAAGCUCUCAAGGAAGCUUGGAACUUCUAAGCUGUGAGGAAAACCAACAGAGCAAACUAGAGUCUUUAAUUUUAGAUGAAGGAGACUUGCGGUUUCUAUCACCUAAGAUAUCUAGCAGUCAAAAAUUUGAUUCACAGGACAAUGCUCUUAGUGCCUCAAGUGAGACUAACUUUACGUUGAUUCAAAAGGGAGCACCCUCUGACUCAGUGCAUUUGAAUAAUGGGAGUAUGAAGGAAAAACUUGUUUAUAGUUCUGAAUCUAUUACCUGUAAGCCACAGCUGAAAGAGUCCUUCAUUUCCAGUAGUCUGCCUACAUUUUUCUAUAUUCCUCAACAAGACCCACUGAAAACAAGUUCCCAACUAGAUACAAGUAUCCAGAGAAACAAACUAAUGGAAAGUGAAGAGAUAAUUCCAGCUCUUACUUUGGAUAUAAACAGGGAGACAAGAAAGUAUCACUCUUCAGGAGAAAAUCAAGAUAUUGCUUUGAAUACAGAUUCUUCUAAUACCAUGCUUAAGAAGUUGGAAAAGCUGAACACUGAGAAGGAAGAAAGGCAGAAACAGUUGCAGCAGCAGAAUGAAAAAGAGAUGAUGGAACAGAUUCGCCAGCAAACGGAUAUUUUAGAGAGGGAGCGUAAAACCUUCAAGACAAUUGAAAAGCCAAGAAUUGGAGAGUCUUUUCCGGUAUCAUCUUUCCAUCAAUCAAAGAAAGUAGUAGAGAGGCCAUCCUCUCUCCUUGUUCUGAAUACCCUAAAUAAAGAAGAAUCUGAUGUACUAGGGCAUCCAUCAGUAACUGUAAAAGAUGCAGCUCUUGUCCCAAAAGACAGUCCCUCUGCUCACUUUCCCCUGAAGGAUCGACCUGUCACCCUGUGCUUUGAAAGAAAAGGAGGCCCAUGCCAAUCUAGUACUGUCAAUGAAUUAUCCAAGACAGACAGAAUGUGUACCCAACUGAAUGUAGCCUAUAAACACUCUAAUAAUCGCAUUUCAAAAAGAGAACACUUUAGGAUGACUCAAUCUUAUAGUCACAAAUCUAAUGACCCUCCCAGAGAUGGAACUACUAGGGCCAUUUUCUUCACACCAAAGGAAAAUAUGAGUAUUUCCCUCGUCAACAAGGAAUCCUUAAACAGCAGAAAUCCUAAACUCCAUAAACAAGAUGAACCAACUUGGAAACCUGUGAAGUUAACUGGGCCGGGCCAAGGAGAGCAGGUUGCCAGACCGGCCCAUAAAAAGAAAGCUCGAAUGGCGCGGACGCGCUCCGAUUUCUUGACUAGAGGUACUUUUGCUGAUGGGGAGGGGGAUACAGAGGAAGAUGAUUACGAUGACAUUGAGCCCCUUCUCUCCCUUGACCAACCUUCUCACUCUGAGCUAGGGCCGGCACCCAGCCUGGGUCAGGCCUCUCACAGUGACUCCGAAAUGACAUCACAACGAUUUUCUUCAGUUGAUGAAGAAACAAAGCUGCAUAAGACUAUGUCUCAAGGAGAGAUUACGAAGUUGGCAGUGAGACAGAAGGCUUCAGAUUUGGAUAUCAGACCUCAGAGAGCUAGGAUGAGAUUCUGGGCCAAAGGGAAACAAGGGGAGAAGAAGACUACCAGAGUGAAACCUGCCACCCAGUCAGAGGUUUCGUCACUCUUUGCUGGCCCAGAUAUGAUUCCAGUUCAUCAGUUUCCAGAUGAAUUAUCUCAGUGUCACCCUACACCUCCUUUGAGCCCAGAAUUGCCUGGUAGUUGCCAGAAGGAGUUCAAAGAGAACAAAGAGCCUUCUCCAAAGGCAAAGCGCAAGCGAAGUGUGAAGAUCAGCAGUGUGGCUUUGGAAUCUAUGUAUUGGCAAAAUGACUCUGUCCAGAUCAUAGCAAGUGCCAGUGAUUUAAAAAGCAUGGAUGAGUUUCUUCUGAAAAAGAUGAAUGACCUAGAUAAUGAAGACAGCAAGAAAGACACACUAGUGGAUGUUGUAUUUAAAAAAGCCCUGAAAGAAUUCCGGCAAAAUAUCUUCAGCUUUUAUUCAUCUGCAUUGGCCGUAGAUGAUGGGAAAAGCAUACGGUAUAAAGACCUCUAUGCACUAUUUGAGCAGAUUCUGGAAAAGACCAUGAGACUUGAGCAGCGUGAUUGGAGAGAAUCUCCAGUCAGAGUUUGGGUCAACACUUUUAAAGUGUUUUUAGAUGAAUAUAUGAAUGAAUUCAAGACUUUGGAUUGUAUACCCGCAAAGGUGCCAAAAGCAGAAAGAAAGAAAAGAAGGAAAAAAGAGACUGAUUUAGUGGAAGAGCACAAUGGUCAUAUCUUUAAGGCCACUCAGUAUAGCAUUCCUACAUACUGUGAGUUCUGUUCUUCUUUGAUAUGGAUAAUGGACCGAGCCUCUGUUUGCAAAUUAUGCAAGUAUGCUUGCCAUAAGAAAUGCUGUCUGAAAACCACAGCCAAGUGUUCUAAAAAGUAUGAUCCAGAGCUAUCAUCUCGACAAUUUGGGGUUGAACUUUCCCGUUUAACUAGUGAAGACCGAACUGUUCCUUUAGUGGUGGAAAAGCUCAUAAACUACAUUGAAAUGCAUGGACUGUACACAGAAGGUAUUUACAGAAAGUCUGGUUCAACUAAUAAAAUCAAGGAGCUUCGACAAGGUCUAGAUACAGAUGCUGAGAGUGUAAACCUAGAUGACUAUAACAUACACGUCAUUGCAAGUGUAUUCAAACAAUGGCUUCGUGAUUUGCCCAAUCCACUUAUGACCUUUGAGCUCUAUGAGGAAUUUCUUCGAGCUAUGGGUCUUCAGGAGAGGAAAGAGACAAUCCGUGGUGUAUACUCUGUGAUUGACCAGCUCUCCCGAACUCAUCUCAAUACACUGGAACGCCUCAUCUUUCAUCUUGUCAGGAUUGCUCUGCAGGAAAACACUAAUCGAAUGUCUGCUAAUGCUUUGGCCAUUGUGUUUGCACCCUGCAUUCUACGCUGCCCCGACACCAUUGACCCACUACAAAGUGUGCAGGACAUCAGUAAGACUACCACCUGUGUGGAGCUGAUUGUUGUGGAACAAAUGAAUAAGUAUAAGGCUCGUCUCAAAGACAUCAGUAGCCUGGAAUUUGCUGAGAAUAAGGCAAAGACCAGGUUGUCACUGAUUCGUAGAUCAAUGGGAAAGGGGUGUCUUCGUCGAGGAAACUUUCCAAGUCCAUCGUCUCCUGUUGUAGUUCAAUUGCCCUCCAUGUCUGAUGUCCCAGAAGAGGCCUUGACUAGUGAGGCAGCCAUGGAGACGGACAUCACAGAACAGCAGCAAGCAGCUAUGCAGCAGGAGGAGAGAGUACUGACUGAGCAGAUUGAGAACCUACAGAAAGAGAAGGAGGAGCUAACAUUUGAGAUGCUUGUACUGGAACCCCGUGCCUCUGAUGAUGAAACCCUUGAAUCUGAGGCCUCCAUUGGGACUGCCGAUAGCUCAGAAAACUUAAAUAUUGAGUCUGAAAGUGCCAUCUCUGAGAAAUCAGAGAGAAGCUUAGCCCUUAGCUCCCUGAAGGUAGCUGGCAAGUCUGAACCUUCUAGCAAGUUGAGAAAGCAGCUAAAAAAGCAGCACGACUCUUUGGAUUCAGUGGAUUCUUCGGGCUCUUCUUUAUGUUCAUCUAACACUGUAUCUUCUCAUGGGACCAGAAAACGAUUUCAGAUUUAUUCCAAAUCUCCAUUCUACCGAGCUGCCUCAGCUGGGGAGGCCCUGGGAAUGGAGGGGCCAUUGGGCCAGACCAAAUCCCUGGAAGAAAGGCCUCAGUUCAUCAGCAGAGGAACCUUCAACCCUGAAAAGGGCAAACAAAAAUUAAAGAAUGUGAAAAACUCACCUCAGAAAACCAAAGAGACUUCAGAGGGGGCACUGGUGUCUGGCCACAGGAAAACUGUGGACCCAGACUGCAGCUCCACCCAACAGCUAGCUCUCUUUGGAAAUAAUGAGUUUAUGGUCUGAACUGGCAGAUGUGUGUCCCUUCAGUGGUAAACACAUCUCAUCUUUGGGCCUCUUCUCAUUACCUCAUCCACAAUAGUCCAUUCUAAGUGAGGUCCUGCCUCUUGCCCCAAGCAUAUGACAGAGACCCGUGUGCUGAAUUCCUGGGCCACCUGCUGAAGUGGAAAGGCCUCUUUGAAGCCUGCCAGGGAUGGUGCCAGUUAUGCUUUGGCUGCUGUAUAUGAAGAGAUUUCACUAACAAAGCCACCUAGUUAGGGCCUGGGGAUUUAGGUCAGUCUUGGAGGUCUUUGUAUUGCCUCUCUUGCGUCCUCUUUUCCCUUUCCAGAGGUGGGUGUGGAACUGGUGAGCACAUUGUGGGCCUGAGGGAUGUGUUAAUUUCUGACAUUUGAAGAAAACAUAUAAAUCUUUCUUAGCCAUGUAAGCAAAAGCCUUUGGGUUUAUUUUGGAAUAGUUAGGAGCUGGGGUAGAAUAUACUUUUUUUCCAAGCGUUUAUAAAAAAAAAAGGCUAAGCCCUCUAUUUUAAGAUUUUUGAAAAACACUUCAUGUUAUAUUCUGGGGAAAGUAAAAAAGUAAUUAUAUCCAUUAAGCCAUCAGAGCAUGUCUCAGACCUCUGGUUACACAAUGAAGAAGAGAGUACAAGUUUUGUUUUUUUAUGAUGUUUGAUGUAAUAAUAAUCAAUGCUGGUUUAACUCCUAGUUAGUUCCUGCUAAAUAUAUUGCAUGGGCUGAAGUUUCAGUAGCCAUACUGUUCUCAUAUUUCCUGGUCCUAGGAUCAGCUUCCUCUGUUUUUUUUUAAAUGACUCAGAGAUAUGGUGAUCCUUAAACAUGAAGGUUUCACCCUAAUCCAUCGAGGCUUUUCUCUUUGUAUAGAUUAAACUGAAGAUCACAUAUUCAUUUGCUGGUAGAUUUCAAUCUCAAACUCAAGACAAAUGACCAUUUAAUCACUUCUCUCAAAACAUUCACACACAAUAAUACUACAUGAGUGUUAUAGAAAGCUGCCAAAAAAUAAGAAAAAAAUUUUUUCAGAUGACCCAUCUUUUAUCUUUUCCUCAGACCAUCAGUAUUAAAUAGAUUUUUUUUUUAAAUCAAGGACUACUUGAAGCUACUUUUGUUAAUAUUCUGGUUACUGAAGUUUACUGUAAAUAUGUAUGUAUAGUAUGCAUAUUUCUUUUUAACCUUAUUCUUCGCUCCUCCCAUGGAAUUUCUUCCUACAGAUUAGGGGUCAUUGGACAGGGAAGUGAGAGCCACACAUCCCUGGGUUGAGGGACAAGUCACAAGUCAGACCAUCUUCACCACUAGCUGUCUCUAUACACCUGAGUUAUAAUAGCAUUUUAAGCUGCUUAGUAUCCGUGGGAUUAGAAAUCUAUUUCUGCUAUUUAUGGUAAUAUAUGGAAAAUGAAACAUGAUACCCUUUCUUGAUGUAAGUAUGUGAAAAUGUUUAUUUUUAAAGUUACUAAAUGCAUCUUGUCUAACUACCACAUGCACUGUAACCUGAAUUUUGGUUAUGCUUCCUUUUAAUGCUCCUUUGAUUUGAAGUUACGGAAAUAUUAAGACACGUUAAGGCAGAGUCUCUCCUGUUAAACAACACUGAACCUCAUCCACUGCUUAAGUGGUUGUUGUCAAACUCCAUAGGUAAGACUUGUAACAUCAUUCUGAGUGGCAGCUAAAGGCAGCAGGAGUCUUCCCUGUCCCUGGUUUGAGUUCCAGAAUGAGCUAGGGAAAGGAAUCUUUAUAGAUCUCCAGAAUGAUGAUGGUUAGUGGGUAAAUGUUCCAUUUUAUAUCCUGCAAACAUCUUGUUCAUGCUGUCCUGAGGAGUAAUAAAUGUAAACCCUUUAAAAAUCUGAAUUUGGAAAGUCCCCUAGAGGAAAACCUAAUCAGCAUGUUUGUGUCAAAGUGGGAUUGCUGCUGCCCCAGGGCCACUGCCAGACUGCAUGUCUGUUUCAGUGUUCUUGGGAGAGUAGUGUUCUGCUGGGCAUGACCACUACCUUCCACUUGCCAGGCAUUGGUCAAUACCAUACGAAAAAAGAGAUUACCCUUUUUGGAUAGUUUCCUUUGGCCCAGAGGAAUGGCCUGGAGAACACAUCUUGGCAUAUGUUCUCCUCCUGAAUUUUUGUGGAUUUUUGUUGUUGUUUUUUGCAAAAUAAGUUUUUGGCAGUUGAAAAACUACUCAUAUAGGACAUUUAUAGGAACUUGGCAAUGGAUGUUGAGACUUUAUAAUUUUUCUCAGGGACCUGAAACCUGAAUUUGGAUAAAAUUAAAUAAAAAAUAUUUGUUUUUCAGUUGCUAGAUUUGUGGAUUUCUAGUCAUUUAACAAGCUGCCAGAAUGGAGGGUGGUGGGGAGGAGAGAGCCAUGCAAUUUCAGGAAUGCAGAGCAAGUAUGGGACCCUCCUUUUGGAGGAAGGAAAGCUGUUCUCAUGGGAUAAUAGGUACUGUUGCCCUGAUAAAGAGAUGAUGCCAUAACUCUAAAAAACUGUCAGACCAAAUGCUGUAUCUCCUUCCAUUUGAUCUUAACUGGUGUUCUCCCUGGUUCAAGUUAUGUCACCACAAAGUGAUGCUGUGUGCAUUGCAAUCACUUAUGAUUAAGAUAUUUAACCUUAACAUGUGUCACAUCUGUAUUUCCUAUGCUUCUCCUUUGCUUGUUUACUUUGGUCUCAAAUGCCUCAAAGAAAAUGCUUGUAUGGCAGCAGUGGAGCAACCCCACUCUUGGAGCCGGUACUCCAAAAGGAAGAGUGUUCUGUUCCUAUCACACAUUCCCAGCCCCAAACAAAGCCUGGAUUUCAGUUCUCCCCAGUAAAGCCAACAUAUCCCUUAUCAUGAAAAAUGUGAUAGCAGCAGAAAAGUCUAAUUUGGAUCACACUGUGUGCCACAAAAUGAAGCAAAUGACUUUAACAGCAAACACAGGGUUCAGGGAGGUGAUAUGCUCAGUUUGUAAUGCACUUUGUACUUUCUGCUAUUUUAAUUAUUUUGUCACUCUGGGCUUCUGAAAACGCAAAAGGAGAUACUGCCUUCCCUAUAGGAGCCUUGCAGAGGCAGAGGGCCCUGAGGUCAGGGAAUGGGAUACCAGAGCCCCUGCCUCUUCAUUCUUCAGAAACUAGCUACAGCUCUCCACUAACCUCUGCUUGGAGGUUAGAAGAGACUUCUCUGUUCUAUCAGAGAGGGUUGUUUUCACUGUUAGAGACAAAGGAUCCCAGAAACUUGCUGAAAAGAGGUCCAGCAGGAUGCCACAGGCCCACUGCAGUGCCUGUGGGCCUUGGGGUUUUUUAAACUAUAACUAAUGAAUGUGUACAUUUCACAAGCACUUUGGUAAGCUAGAUAGAAAAAAGUAUUCUCAGGAUGUGUUCAAAGCUAAGAGUUUUAAUUUCAAAGAGAAACAGUCCAGACAGCUUUCCUUAUCCUCUCUCCUCUCCUUUUUUUCCCUUGAUGGGGAGCUGGGCAUGGGGCAUGCACCAUUCUGUGUUGACAAGUGUGUUAGGUCACCCAUAAUUUUGUGAUAACUCCCCAGCACUGUCCCCCAACACCACUCAACCUUGGUGGUAAAAUUCCUCGGUAUUUGUGGGAGUCCUUUGUCUUUCUACACUCCUAAAAUACUUUUAACGACUUUUCUCUGGAACCAUUCCCACAUUUGAUUUGGUGUUAAACAAAACGGUAACAGCAAAAUGGUGAGCAUGGACAUGGAUCUGUUAGGUUUUUCGGUCUGUUGGUUGAAACUCUUCAAAAAAAAGCCCCACCAAGGGGCCUAUCACCUUAUCUAUUUAUCAGCCCUCUUAGGUCAUAUAAAAGUUGCACCUUUUGAACUAUGUAAUUGUAUUUAACUAGGAGAAAGGUGUGUACUACAGAUUAGUAUUAUAUUAUUUUAAUGGAUUUAAAUAAUUUAUAAGUAUGCUGAGUGUAAAUUUUUAAAAGACUAUGUAUUGUAAAAGGACAUAUCCUGUGAAAUAUAUUUUACUGUUAAACAGAAUAAUUCUAUAAGAAGAAUGAUUUAUCUCACCCAUGGAACUGAUUACAUUCCUGAUACAAUCAACAGGCGCUUUGUAAUUUCCUCUUGGUUUUUUUGGAGGGGCGGGGGAGCAAGAUAUCAUCUGUAUAAAGUCUAGUUUGUGUCACUCAAAAUAUGCACUGUAUGGCUACACAAAAGCAGCUUGAUGAACAAAUCACUCCAAUGGCUCAUUAAAGAACAAAAGCUUCCAGAAACAACAA